AAAUAUUAUAAAUAUCUCUAUUAAUUAAAAUUAUCUUAUUUUUUAAUAUGUUUUUUCGAUUUGUCUAUAGAGGGUGAUACUAGUUCUUAUAAGGAGAAAGGGAAAACUAAUAUGGCGUAAUCCAUUAAUCUGUUGACCGGGCAAGAAAUGAUUCCUUUCAGGAGUUUUAUUGUUAGAAGUUUUUCAACGACUUCUAAUAAAAUCGCUAACCUCGUUAAGAAAAACAAAGUUGUUGUGUUCAUGAAAGGUGUUCCAGACAGCCCUAAAUGUGGCUUUAGCAAUGCUGUUGUACAAAUAUUGAGAAUGCAUAAUGUUAAGUAUGAUGCUCAUAACGUUCUUGAAGAUGAACAACUCAGACAAGGUAUUAAGGAUUUUUCCAACUGGCCCACAAUACCUCAAGUAUUUAUAAAUGGAGAAUUCGUAGGUGGAUGUGACAUACUUUUAGAAAUGCACAGAAAUGGUGAGCUAAUAGCUGAAUUAAAGAAAGCAGGUAUAACAAGUGCACUUUUAGAAGAAGAUGAAUCUCCAGAGAAGAAAACCAAAGAUUGAGAAUGCUUGAUAAUUUAGUGUGUUUAUGUAAUUUGUAAAUAAAAUAUCGUUUAUUCAAGGAUAAUUAUUAAAUUUUGUUAUAAUAAAAAUUUUGUUGAUUUA